AUGUCCUCUGUGCGGCGAGCGUCUAACCUGUCGGCCGGCCCCCUGGUGGCCUCGGCGCGCCCCUGCAGCAUCGAUGAGUCGUAUAAGUACGUGUUCCUGCCCGUGUGCUACUCUCUGACCUUCGUGUUCUCGCUGACGCUGAACUCGGUGGUGUUGGCGCGCUCGUGUCGGGUGAGGCGGCGGUGGACCACGUCGCUCACGUACAUGGUGAACCUGGCGAGCACCGACCUGAUGUACGGCCUGUCCCUGCCCUUCCUCGUCCACUCCUACGUCCUGAGGGACCGCUGGGUGUUUGGGGACUUCAUGUGUCGCCUCGUCAGGUUCCUCUUCUACUUCAACCUCUACUGCUCCAUCUUCUUCCUCACCUGCAUCUCCGUGCACAGGUACCUGGGCAUCUGUCACCCCAUGAGGACCAUGUCUCUGGAGAGUAAACGUGCCGUCCGGCUCGUGUGCGCCCUCGUGUGGGUGGUGGUGUUCGCUCUCACUUGUCCCAUAUUUCGCUUCGCUCAGACGGGCCUCCUGUCCCGCGCCCAGAGCCAGGACCAGGGUCUGAACCAGGAUCUAGACCAGGACCAGGGUCUAAACCAGGGUCUGGACCAGGACCGGACCCCAGCCCCGCAGACAUCGCCCCGUCCAAACUCAUCGGAGCCGUACUUAAACUGUUGGGACGAUGCCAUCGACCGCGAGUUUGCGGACUACGUGCCAUACGGCGUGCUGCUGCACCUGCUCGGGUUCUUCGUGCCGUUCGUGGUCAUCGCCUGGUGCUACUCGCAGGUCGUACGGACCAUCUUCCGGACCCUGCGGUCUCCACCCUCGUCGGUGGAGGAGGGCGGAGCCAGUGAUGUGUCUCGUGAGCGCACGUCUGUGUCCAUCGCAGAGUCGCAGUAUUCUCACUACAUCCGCCGCCGCAGGAAGUCCAUCAAAACCAUCGUGACCAUCACGCUGUUGUUCGCGCUCUGCUUCCUGCCGUUCCACGUGACGCGGACGCUCUUCCUGCUCCUGAAGAGGUCAAAGGUCGGGGACUGCGGCGCCAUUCGCGCCGUGUCCAUCUGUUAUAAGGUCACGCGGCCACUGGCGUCCUGUAACGCCUGGCUCAACGCGCUGCUGUACUUCCUCACGGGUGACAGCGCCCCCUGCUGCUGUGGCAGGCCCGCGGUCAGGCGGGAGGGCGCGCUCUGGUGGCCACUGACGAUACUGAAGAAGGACGCGAUGGAGGAGGAGCCCGAGGAGAAGAUGGAGAGACAGGUCCACGGAGAGGAGUCCAAGUCCUCCAAGAUCAUCUUCUGA